ACCAGUCCAACCCCCCACAACACCUCCGUCCGGGGGCAGUGUUGUGAGUGUGAGCCUCGUCCUCCACCACUUUGGGAGAGAUAUAUAGUGUUAUAUAGUGACACACACAAUAUAACUAUAGGUGUACGUGACUAGUAACACUAACCUUACCCACGUGGUGACAGCUUGGGUCGAAACUAAUAUUCCAGGUAAAAUGGGAAGGAACAUUAUGGCUGCUGUGCUGCAGCUCAGAAAAUUUCCAUGUGUGCGCUGUGUGCUGUGUUCACCUGGUAUUCAAGCUAAUGGUUGGCAGUGUCUUAGUUAUGUAAACCUUAACUACAUUUUACAUCGGUAUAGAUCAACUUGCAAGAAACCCACAGAUAAUACAAAUUAUCCUGAAAAUAAAGAUACUAAUACCUCCGAGUUUUCAGAAACAAAUAAUUGUCAGUUAUCUUUUAAUUCAAAAGAUAUUGGUAAAUCCACAAUGUUUAAUAGAGAAAAUUCAGUACAUAAAUCACAUGCAGAAGAGCUCAAAUUGUUAAAUUCUAAUAGUAGUUUGGUCAAGCAACAAGCAUCAGAGUUUGUGAAUACAAAUAAAGACGAGCAAUCUCAUGUUAUUGGAAUUACAUCCGUAAAGGAAGUACUAAAAAGUUUAGGUGAAGAAGUAUACACAACCGAUAACACUGGCAGAGAAAAGGUUAAUUAUAUUCUUCCCAAUGAAUCUAUGAAAUUUGUAUCUGAAGAAAAAUUAUAUGGAGUUAAAGAAGAAAUAUCUCUUGGAAAUAAAUCUAGACAUAAAAUCACUCUCAACAGGAACAAAUCUUAUUCAAAUGAUAAUUUAACAAAUAAGAAGAAGCUUAUUGUUCUGAAAAGUGGAAAACAAGAUUGCAAAGUAAUACUUAAGGCAAAAAAAUAUUCAGUUAGUAAAAAGUUAAAUUUCCCUGUGACAAAUUCAAAUGAUUGCAGUAAGUCACUGGAGCUUGAUGCAGAAGCAACGGGAACAAGCAAAGAAAGUGAAAUUUCCUUUAAAGUUUCAGAGGCAUUAAAAGAAAAUUGUAAAGUUGAAGAAACUGCUGAUACUGUAGAGAGAUGUAAAACUUUACCUGUAAAUGAAUUCCCUACUAGACAGCAUUCUUUGUCAUACUGUAAGAAUAUACUUGGUGUUCAGACACUCUCCGUUUGCCUUGCUAAUCAGAUAUUUAGUGGAGUCACCCCUAAAGGUCAUCAGGAAGCUCAAGAAGAUUUUCAGAGGAGUAAAGAUCAUUUACAAGUUCAUGGUUUAUGGAACAGUGAGCCAUCUGACCUUCCAGAUUAUGACCUCGAAUUGCCUAUGUUUGAAGAUAAGGAUUUAGACCAACAUUUCCGUAUUGUUGCAGAAGAGCAAUGUGCUCCAUAUAAAGAUUUGUUAAAUCAUUUGGUAGGCACAGACCUUCCUCAUUUACCCAGUACUUGGCAGUUGACUCCAGGCUGGACACGUUACAAUUCUGAUGGUAGCUAUUCACGCGUAGACUUCCCUGACUGUCGUGCCAUUGUUUUUGAUGUGGAGGUUUGUGUGCGUGAAGGGAAUCACCCUGUAUUAGCCACAGCUGCAUCUGAUAAAUAUUGGUAUUCUUGGUGCAGCAAUCGCUUAAUGAAUCCUCACAGUACACACAGUGAUAAUGUUAGCUUAGAGGACCUUAUUCCACUUGAGUCAUCUUGCAAUUUGGGUUCUCUGGAUCUUAAGACUAGAGAUGUUCCUCGUGUGGUUGUUGGACAUAAUGUGAGUUAUGAUCGUAUCAGAGUUCGUGAACAAUAUAUGCUGGAAGGAUCAUCUUUGCGGUUUGUAGAUACGAUGUCACUACACAUAUCUUCAAGUGGGUUAGUCUCGGAGCAGCGUGCAUUAUUGAUGAAAAAUAUAAGUAGUGAUAAAAAAGUCAGGUUACCAUGGAUGCUUGCUGGAUGUCGGAAUAGUCUUGCUGAAGUUUACAAGUUUUAUUGUAAUGCAGAUCUUAAAAAAAGUACUAGAGAUGUAUUUGUGAAAGGCAGCUUGAAUGAUGUUUACAGUGAAUUUCAAAGCCUCAUGAAUUAUUGUGCCAAUGAUGUGAAAGCAACUCACAUGGUCCUAGUUAAACUAUUACCAAUAUUUUUUGAAAGAUUCCCACAUCCUGUUACACUUUCAGGAAUGUUAGAAAUGGGAUUAACUUUCCUUCCAGUUACAGAAAAUUGGAAUAAAUAUAUUAAAGCAGCAGAAACAGAGUUCCACCACAUAGAAGGAAUGUUAAAUGAGGAGCUAGUGAAGCAAGUUCAAGCAGCUCUAGGUUUUAUGGAGGACAAGAAAUAUAAAGAGGACCCCUGGUUGUGGAACCUUGACUGGUCAGUGCCUAAAGGAAGAGUGAAAAAACUAUGUGGAUAUCCAAACUGGUAUAGGAAGCUCUGUGCACGUACUGGUGAGAGAGAAGGCACUCCAGAACCAGAAAAUAUGAGCACUAGUCUACAAAUUGUACCAAAGUUGCUAAGACUCACCUGGAAUGGGUUUCCUCUUCAUUAUGAAAGACAAUAUGGAUGGGGUUAUCUGAAACCUUUGUAUAGAAAUAUUGCUGAAGUACCUGCCUCUGAUAUUCCUCCACUUGAUAGCACUACUGACAGUACAAUAGAAUUCCCUGUGAAGGCUUUUUAUGAAAUAUACUCUAACAGAAAUUCUGAAAUUCACAAUAACAUUGAACAGGAGGAAAUAGAGAAGUGCAAUUUACUAGAAACUGAAGAGGACUGGAAGUUAUUUUUUAUAGAAAAUAAUCCUCAAAGCUAUAAAUCAAAAACAGUAACAAAAAUUAAUGUCCAAAAAGAGAAUCUAAUAGACAUUGGCAUUCCUGGUGUUGGCUUUGUUUCAUUACCACACAAAGAUGGUGCCAAAAACCGUGUUGGAAAUCCAUUAGCUAAAGAUUUUCUUAAUAAAAUUGAAGACAAGACAUUAAGUAGCCACUUUGGAGACAUUGCAGAGCUUGUUCUGAAGACUAAUAAAAUUUUGUCCUACUGGAAGAAUAAUAGAGACCGUAUACUGUCCCAAAUGGUUAUUUGGAAUGAUCAUUCUUCCUUGCCACCAUCUAUUACCUCAGCAGAUGGUUUUAAACAAGAUGGCAAAUAUGGAGCUAUUUUGCCAAUGGUGGUGGUUGCAGGAACUAUCACUCGACGUGCAGUGGAACGUACUUGGAUGACUGCAUCUAAUGCUUAUGCAGAUCGCAUUGGAUCAGAACUGAAGGCUAUGAUUGAAGCACCUCCAGGUUAUAAAUUUGUUGGUGCUGAUGUAGACUCUCAGGAGUUAUGGAUUGCUGCCGUACUUGGUGAUGCAUAUUUUUCUGGUGAGCAUGGAGCUACUGCUUUGGGCUGGAUGACAUUACAGGGCAAAAAAAGUGACGGGACAGACAUGCACAGUCGCACGGCAAAGAAUGCAGGGAUAUCAAGAGACCAUGCCAAGAUAAUUAACUACGGGCGAAUUUAUGGUGCAGGACUCCGUUUUAUUAAGAGACUGCUGAAGCAGUUCAAUCCAAAGUUGUCAGAAAAAGAAAUUGAUGCACGGGCUGAAAAUUUAUUUGCUGCAACAAAAGGACAAAAAGGCUGGUUCUUGAAUGGAAAAGGAGAAGAGUUAGCAAUGGAAAUGGAUUAUCCUUACACUGGAGAAGCUUUAUGCCAUAAACAGAUAAACAAACUGUUGUGGCAAGCCAGACGGAACAAUAUUGAGGUCACUUUUAACGAUGUAGUAGCAAAACCUUUUGUCUGGAUUGGAGGUUCAGAGUCUCAUAUGUUCAACUGCCUGGAAGCUAUUGCUAGGUGUGAGACACCGAAGACACCAGUACUUGGUGGGAGAAUAACUCGAGCACUUGAACCACACUAUGUUGAUAACCAGUUCAUGACAAGUCGAGUGAACUGGGUUGUACAAAGCUCAGCUGUGGAUUAUCUUCACAUAAUGUUGGUUUCCAUGCGAUGGCUCUUUACAAAAUAUGAAAUUAAAGGACGUUUAUGUAUUAGCAUUCAUGAUGAGGUUCGCUACUUGGUAUCAUCAGAAGAUUGUUAUCGAGCUGCUCUAGCUCUCCAGAUUACAAACCUUCUCACACGCUCACUCUUUGCACUGAGGUUGGGUUUUAAAGAUCUGCCACAAUCGGUUGCAUUCUUCAGUGGUGUCGAUAUAGAUCAGGUGUUGCGAAAAGAACCCCAUCACGACUGUGUGACUCCCUCAAAUCCUCAAGGUUUGAAAGAGGGCUAUGGUAUGCCACCAGGUGUCACACUUGAUAUACAACAAAUCUUACAAAUUACUAAAGGAAAAUUAAAUAAACCUGAAAAAUAAAAUAAUUUUAAUAAAUGCUGUUGUAUAAAUAUAAGGUAUUAACCAUGUUAAAAUCUUGGACAUUUCAGAACUAAAAUUAAAACCUGACAUGGUUUGAAAAGAGAAAUGCUUGCUUGGGGAAAUCUGUACAAUAUGGUGCACUGAACAGGGAAUAAGUCUUAAUGGUAAUUGAGAGGAGAGCAAUUGCAAUUUUGGUAUACAGCCAAGGACAAGUGUAUCCAUGCUAUAUCUCACAUCGUUAAUGGCCUAAAAAAAAAAAAAAAAAAAAAAGUUUAACUAGGCUUUCAAAGUUACAGAAA